ACUGACUCCAGCUCGGACUCUGUGCCUCCAUCCUCUGGUGAAUCUCAGGCUACCUCACCAUCCUCUGAUUCUGCCCCACUACCAGGCUCCUCGACACUCACAUUUCUUGCAGCAGCGCUGAGCAAUGCUUCGCUCGAGGGUGUGCCUCCGGGCAUUUCACCGUCCACUCAGGCUGCUACGUCUACACUGGCGGGAGAAGUUCCCGUCCAGUCUGGCAAGAAAAAGAGAGGUCCGACAAACCCAAACAACCUUUUCAAGCCAAGUUCGGGAUCGACAACAGCACGAAAUCUCUGUGGUAUCGAAUGGCAAGCCCAACGCAAGACGGGCACUGUCGCAGAGUUCACAGCACACUGGAAUGGCCUCACUCCCUAACAGAGAGAGCCCUAUGUCACUCGCUCGAAGCUUGCCGACACUGCUAAGGCAAACGCUGCCGAAUUCGCAGCUAACGGUCCCAGCACAUAACUCCCCUGCUCUCGUCUCGCUCUCAUUCGGAUCAUCGCACUGUAUUUUCAUUUGCUGUCGCUUGCAUGUCAUGGUUUUUGUCUGCUCUCACUCUCACUUGCACAUUCUCGUUUGUUCUCGGCACUCGCAUCAUCGCACAGUAUUUUCGUUUGCUGUUGCUUGCAUGGCAUGGUUUUCAUUUGCUCUCGCUCUCGCUAUCACUUGCAUAUUCUCAUUUGCUCUCGGCGCUCGCAUUUUCUCGCUGCCAGUAUCCCGCACAUACCAUGCUGUUCUGCACCCUGUUGGAUUGUACAUUAUUGCAUUAUAUCCUACUACCAUUCUGUAUGUCCGCACAUUGGAUCAAUUGCAUCGUUUUGUAUCCUACCACAGACCACGCUGUACCACGUCCUCCCACGUUUUAAGCAUAUGCAAUAAGUCGUAGUCUGACGUGGUCUGGCGUGAGCAAACGUGACCACCAUCCACCACGGCCUGCCACGAUCUCCCACCUCAGAUUUCUGUGGCCUGUGUUGAUAUUCGCUCAUUUUCUACAGUGGAGAUCGUGACUGGUGGUGAUCACCACGGCUCACGUUAUCUCACGCUCCGCCAACUGUAGGUUUUCACUGGGC